UGAGGGGUGGAAGCGCCGUGGUGAGGAGAGGAGCACUUCUGUUUUGGAUGAGGGCUCCCUUGGUCCAUUUUGUGUCUCUUCCUAAUGUUCACUUUUCUCUUUGCAGAGAACGGGCACCCGAACGGCCCUUCAUGCGCCGAGCUUCUCGUCUCCGUCACCGAGCCGGACUGCGAUGGUUACCCUUCCCUGAACUCCCGCGAGAACUAUAAGCUGUCUGUGUCGGAUGAGCGGAUGUGGCUGGUGGCGGAUACCGUCUGGGGAGCUCUCCGGGGGUUAGAGACCUUCAGUCAGCUCGCCUGGAGAGAUGACGUUGGGGCACUGAAUAUAAACAAGACGGAUGUGGUCGACUUCCCCCGGUUUCCUCACCGAGGUCUGCUGCUUGACACGUCUCGUCAUUACCUGCCUUUGAAAGCCAUUCUGGAGACGCUGGAUGCCAUGGCGUACAACAAGCUCAAUGUGUUCCAUUGGCACAUUGUGGAUGAUCCCUCCUUUCCGUAUGAGAGCAUGGUGUUCCCAGAGCUCAGCGGGAAGGGUGCUUACAACUCCGCCACCCACGUGUACACCCCGAGUGACGUCAAGAGGGUGAUCGAGCACGCCCGGCUUCGUGGGAUCAGAGUGAUUUCUGAAUUUGACACCCCGGGCCAUACUCGGUCUUGGGGUCCAGGUACCCCAGGCUUGCUGACUCCUUGCUAUGCCGGCCCAAAGCCCGCCGGAACCUACGGGCCAGUCAAUCCGAUCCUCAAUACAACCUACCAGUUCAUGACCAAGUUCUUUGGGGAAGUGAGUGUGGUGUUCCCAGAUUUCUACGUCCACCUGGGAGGUGAUGAGGUCGACUUCACGUGUUGGAAGUCUAACCCAGAGAUCCAGGCGUUCAUGAUGAAAAUGGGGUUUGGCAAAGACUACACCAAACUGGAGUCCUUCUACAUCCAGAGGCUGCUGGAUAUAGUCUCUUCCUAUGGAAAGGGUUACGUGGUCUGGCAGGAAGUGUUUGAUAACGGAGUGAAGUUGAAACCCGAGACCGUCGUCCAUGUGUGGAAAGAGAACGCUGGGCCUUAUCAAGAAGAAACCGUCCACGUCACCAAAGCUGGCUACCGGGCCCUGCUCUCUGCUCCGUGGUAUCUUAACCGUAUCUCUUACGGGCAGGAUUGGACGGCGAUUUAUCAGGUGGAGCCUCUGGCUUUUGAAGGCAGCCCGGAGCAGAAAGAUCUGGUGAUUGGUGGAGAAGCUUGUAUGUGGGGUGAAUAUGUAGAUGCGACGAACUUGACCCCAAGACUCUGGCCUAGAGCCGGAGCUGUAGCUGAGAGAUUAUGGAGCAACCAAACGGUUAGGAGCCUGCAAGAUGCAUACACGAGGCUAAGAGACUUCCGAUGCACCCUACUCAGGCGCGGGAUCCGGGCAGAGCCACUUUUUACAGGAUACUGUGAAGAUGAUAACAGUGCAUUUUGAUUUUGCAACUGGCUCCUGCUCUCUUUUUACUUGCAGCAGGGGCUCAAUUUGGGGACGCCGGAGCGCGGGGGGGGCAUGUGCAAUGGAUGGGUUGCACUUGGAUCAGCCCAUUUUUUAAAAAAGCCUUCAAAAUGGCUAUUUUAUCUCUGUUAUUUUAACAACUCUGCCUAUUUAAAUGACCUCGACGGAGGUGACUUUUUUUUGAUAAUAUUCUGUCACCCAGUUGUUCUUGUCCCACCAGCUUCUCCU